GAUGCUGGGCCUCAGGGUUCCACGGUCCCCGCUCCUGACAACUGCAGGGGCUGCCCCAGCGGCGUUGCAGACAGAGCUCCCCGACCUCCGCCCACCAGCGCGGGACCCAGAGCCCGUCCGCGAAAUUCAGAGCAACACAGAGACCUUCCCGCGCCGCGUGCGCCGGGGUCCUAGACCCUGGACGCCAGCACACGGCGGAGAGGGGCGUUGGGGCCGCUUGGGCGCGGGCGCAGGCUCAGGCUCAGGCUCAGGCUCAGGCUCCAAAUUGGGCUAGAGGCGGCCGCGGCUGUGCGCAUGUGCAGGAGACGUCCGAGUUUCACUUUGUAACUUUUAAGUGGUGGGGACGUCGCCCCGCCCGGCCAGGUGCGGAAGGACAUCUGCCCCCGCUGCCACCGCCGCAGGGAGGGCAGGCGCCAUGACCGACUCCCCAUUUCUGGAUCUGUGGCAGCCCCAGGCCGUGUCCAUCCGGGAGCGCCUGGGCCUCGGGGACCAGCCCAACGACUCCUACUGCUACAACUCGGCCAAAAACAGCACCGUGCUGCAGGGGGUCACCUUCGGCGGCGUCCCCACCGUCCUGCUCAUAGACGUCAGCUGCUUCCUGAUUUUAAUCGGGGUUUUUUCCAUCAUUAGAAGGAGAUUCUGGGAUUAUGGCCGCAUCGCCCUGGUGUCAGAAACAGACAGGGCUUUCGGGGUAACUGAGGGAAUCCUGCUUUCUGUCCAGGACUCAGGGCGGGGGCUGGCGGAGCGCGUUAUGGAGAGCAGCUGGGCCGGAUGCUGCCCCUGGCUGACUGCCAUCUUCCGUCUGCACGAUGACCAGAUUCUGCAGUGGUGUGGGGAGGACGCCAUCCACUACCUGUCCUUCCAGAGACACAUCAUCUUCCUGCUGGUGCUGCUCAGCCUCCUGUCCCUGUGCGUCAUCCUGCCCGUCAACCUCUCGGGAGACCUGCUGGACAAGGACCCUUACAGCUUCGGGAGGACGACGAUAGCAAACCUGCAGACCGACAACGACCUCCUCUGGCUGCACACCGUCUUUGCCGUCGUUUACCUCCUGCUCACCGUGGGCUUCAUGUGGCACCACACCCGGUCCAUCAAGUACAAGGAGGAGAGCCUGGUGAGGCGGACCCUGUUCAUCACCGGACUCCCCAGGGAGGCCAAGAAGGAGACUGUGGAGAGCCACUUCCGGGACGCGUACCCCACGUGUGAGGUGCUGGAUGUGCAGUUGUGCUACAACGUGGCCAAGCUGAUCUACCUGUGCAGAGAGAGAAAGAAGACCGAGAAGAGCCUGGCCUAUUACACAAACCUGCAGGUGAAGAGCGGCCGGCCCACCCUCAUCAACCCCAAGCCCUGUGGCCAGUUCUGCUGCUGCGAAGUCCGUGGGUGUGAGCGGGAGGAUGCCAUCUCUUACUACACACGCCUGAAGGAGAGGCUGCUGGAGAGGAUCACCGAGGAGGAACGCCGGGUCCAGGACCAGCCCCUCGGGAUGGCCUUUGUCACUUUCCAGGAGAAGUCCAUGGCCACCUACAUCCUGAAAGACUUCAACGCCUGCAAGUGCCAGGGCCUCCACUGCAAAGGGGAGCCCCAGCCGUCCUCCUGCAGCAGGGAGCUGCGCACCUCCCAGUGGGCCGUCACCUUCGCUGCAUACCCUGAAGACAUCUGCUGGAAGAACCUCUCCGUCCAGGGCCUCCGCUGGUGGCUCCAGUGGUUGGGCAUCAACUUCGUCCUCUUCGUGGGGCUGUUUUUCCUGACUACGCCUUCCAUCAUCCUGUCCACCAUGGACAAGUUCAACGUCACCAAGCCCAUCCACGCACUGAAUAACCCCGUCAUCAGCCAGUUCUUCCCCACCCUCCUGCUGUGGUCCUUCUCGGCCCUGCUGCCCUCCGUCGUCUACUACUCUACCCUGCUGGAGUCCCACUGGACCAAGUCGGGAGAAAACCGGAUCAUGGUGACGAAGGUGUACAUAUUCUUGAUCUUCAUGGUGCUGAUCCUGCCCUCCCUCGGCCUCACCAGUCUGGAUUUUUUCUUCCGGUGGCUCUUUGACAAAACUUCCUCAGAGACCUCUAUCAGGUUGGAGUGCGUCUUCCUCCCUGACCAGGGUGCCUUCUUUGUGAACUACGUCAUCGCCUCGGCCUUCAUCGGCAAUGGCAUGGAGAUGCUGCGGCUGCCGGGCCUCAUCCUCUACUCUUUCCGCAUGGUCAUGGCCAAGACGGCCGCCGACCGCAGGAACAUCAAGCAGAACCAGGCGUCUGAGUACGAGUUUGGAGCCAUGUACGCGUGGAUGCUGUGCGUCUUCACUGUCAUCAUGGCCUACAGCAUCACCUGCCCCAUUAUCGUGCCAUUUGGCCUCAUCUACAUCCUGCUCAAGCACAUGGUGGACCGGCACAACCUCUACUUCGUCUACCUCCCGACCAAGCUGCAGAAGAGGAUCCACUUUGCUGCCGUGAACCAGGCUUUGGCUGCUCCCAUCCUCUGCCUCUUCUGGCUCUACUUCUUCUCCUUCCUGCGCCUGGGGAUGAAGGCCCCUGCCACCCUCUUCACCUUCCUGGUGGUGCUGCUCACCAUCCUGGUCUGCCUGGCCUACACCUGCUUUGGAUGCUUCAGGCACCUCAGCCCGCUGAACUAUAAGACAGAAGAACCAACAAGUGACAAAGCAAAUGAGGCCGAGGUCCACGUGCCCCCACCGUUCACACCCUACGUGCCCCGGAUCCUCAGUGGUUUCGCCUCGGAGACGACAGCCCUGUCCCCGCAGCGGCAGCAGACCUAUGGCGCCAUCCACAACAUCAGCGGGACCGUCCCGGGGCAGGACUGGGCUCCGAGCCCUGCGGACGCUGUGACUGCUGACCACCAGGAGGCCUGAGCACAGGCCCCCAGCCAGCCGGUAACCAAAGAUCCCGCAGCGGCCGGGUCUGGAUGGGAGUCCGGCCCCCUCCACGUGCUGUGUCUUUCACCCACUGCUGUCAGAUGGACCGUGGGGGAGCUGGGGGUGCCGUACAGUUGCUGCAGCAGCCCCCACCCGCCGUGCACGCCUCCGCGGGCGGAGACCACCGGGACGACUUAAAAAGCACCCUCGGGGCUGGAUGAAGCCUCUCCUGCCUUGCCAAGAGCUAGGUGUCCCAACCUCCGGGGUUAGGGGCAGCCCAAAUCUUGCCCUAGAUGCUGCCUCCCUUCUCCCCCAGGGGGCGCCAGAGGUACAGGCUGGUGGGGCCUCCUUCACACUCUGCCUGGCGUGCCCUGCAGAGCCAACCCCCCUGCCCAUCACUGGACAACCACUCAUGGGAGUCAAAUCAUUUAUCAGCCACGCCAUGGGGGUGAGGCAGUGAGUACGGAGGCCUGAGCUGGGUUCCAGCAGGCCAGGGGAGGAGGCAAGCCGACCCCUCACCCCAGGCAAGGCUGGGAGGCAUCACUGCCGCUCCACCAGCCCCACGAACUUGCAGAUGUCCCGGGCCAGCAGCUCCGGCUCCUCGAAGGCGGCGAAGUGGCCCCCGCGGGGCAUGUAGGAGUAGGAGAUGAGCUGAGGGUACUUGGUCCUCACCCACUUCUCUGGCACAUGCAUUAUCUCACACGGGAAGGCUGCGAAGCCCGUGGGCACGUGGACCUUCAGCCUGCAAAAAACAGAGCCACCGCUGAGGAUGGAGGCCAGGCCUGCUGCCGCCCUCACACAGCCGGGGAGAAACGGGCGGGCAGUGUUAAACUGGUGCCCGGUUCGAGUCUGAAUCACUUCACUUCCCACCUAGCUCCCUCACAACUCCAGGAAAGCCAUGGAAGAUGGCCGCUGCCAUUGUAGCCACUUGUGGGGGUGACCCAACAGACAGAAACUGACUCUGUCUCUCCCUGUCACUCUGCCUUUCAAAUAAAUUUUUUUUUUAAAA